AUGAAGGCAGUGAUCUUGUUACUACUGGCACUCGCAGCAGCUGUGGCCAUUCCUAUUGAUGAGGGCAGGCAAUCUGGUGAAGGUGGUUGGUAUGUGCCACAACUGGAUGGAUCCUUCAAAUGGAUGACCGUUACUGAAGCCGAGGAGCUACGUCAAGCACCAAUGGGUCGUGCAGCAGCUUUAGUUUAUUUCCACUUGUACACCAGCGAGAAUCCAAGCACUGCCGAUACACUUGUUACCGGAGACAGCCAAUCUUUGAAAGAAUCCCAUUUCAACGCAGCUAAUCCCACAAGGAUCAUUAUUCAUGGCUGGCAAUCAGACUCCGAUGCCGACUUGAACCCACUGAUCCGCGAUGCAUAUUUGUCUACUGGAAAUUUCAACAUCAUUUCAGUAGACUGGAGCGAUAAAGCACAAACUAUCAACUAUGCCGCCGCGGUGCUGCGUGUUCCCGGUGUUGGUAAGCAAGUUGCUGGCUUGAUAGACUUUUUGUACAAGGAAGGUGGUCUAUCUUUCGACACAUUGCAAGUGAUCGGUCACAGUUUGGGUGCCCAUAUUUCCGGUAUUGCGGGCAAGAAUGUGAAAUAUGGACGUAUUAAUCAAAUCACCGGCUUGGAUCCUGCUCUACCCAUGUUCAGUUAUGAUGAUCCCUCUAGUCGUCUGAACCAAAAUGAUGCCGCCUAUGUUGAAUCUAUUCAGACGUGUGGUGGUCUUUUGGGCUUUUUAAGGCCAAUUGGCAAAGGUGCCUUCUAUCCCAACGGUGGCAAGAGUCAGCCUGGCUGUGGAAUCGAUGUUGCCGGUGCCUGCGCGCACCGACGCUCAUGGAUGUACUUUGCUGAAACUGUAAGCAAGAAUAAUUUCCCAUCCAUGAAGUGUGAAGAUUAUGAGGCGGCUGUUGAAAAGUCCUGC